AUAAUAAUUGAGGGUAAAAGAGAGAAAGAGGGUGUACUGAAAGAUGUACAUACUACAUAUGUACUUGAAUUAAAAUAAAGAGAAAGAAAGAUUGGGCGCGUGCGUAAAGAUAGGCCUCCCUUGAAGAAGAGUAUGUAGAGUUAAAAUGACCCGGACACAAAGUGUACCAGCACAGCUAACAACAGCUAACAACAGCUAACAAGUAACAAUACAUACACAUUAUUAUUGUCAGUGUUUGGUUGCAAUUUGUUCUCAUUGACUUGUUCUUCUCUUAGAAUAAGUUAAGUUAUCAAUCAAAUAUAUAUUUCUUAUAAAAGUAUAUAUUGUUGUUGUGUCAGAGUUCAAGUGUGCCAAUUUAAUAAUGAUGUCAUAUAGAUAUAAAAGCUUGCUCAUCGCAUUAUUAUGAUGCUACAUAUGUACAGUGUUGAUGAAGAAGAAAAAAAAAAACAAAUUUAAAUUGAGUAUUGUAUUGGAUAGCUUCCAAAAUUUUAACUGAAUAUUAAAUAUAGAGUACAAUUGAAAAAAAAAAAUAAUAUGAUAAUUUGGUUAUUUUAAAAUAUUAUAAUAUUUCAAGUGAAACAGAUUGUCUGCAAUAUUUCAAGAUAAAUAAAAAAGAAAUGUGGAGUUCAGUAACAGCAGCUGGUACAGAAAAUGGUCCAGCACCAUCAUCAAGAAGUAAACACAGUGCAACAUUACUUGGUGGUCAUAUUUAUUUAUUGGGAGGUAGAAAUGGCAAUUUGCCAUUGAAGGAUUUAUGGAGAUAUAGUCUUGCUGAAAGUCGAUGGGAAGAAUUGCGUCCAAGUGGUGAUAAACCACCGGCACUUCAAGAACACAGUGUAGUUUCAUACAAAGAUUGUCUUUAUGUAUUUGGUGGUGAGCUUGGAUUUUCAGCUGGAACAGAAACACCACUUUGGAUUUACACUGUUAAAACAAAUUGUUGGCGUAAAAUAAAAGCACAAAGAGGAUGUGCUGUACCUCGUGGACGACGUGGUCAUACAGCUCUUGUUCAUCGUGGUCAAAUGUUAAUUUACGGUGGCUAUCAAGAUUUACGUGGCAGUUCAUCUGAAUUAUGGUCAUUUCAUUUUGAAACAGAAUCAUGGCAUUUAUUAUCAUCAUCAUCAUCAUCAAGUAGUGGUGGUAGUAAUAAUAAUAAUAGUAAUAAUAAUAAUGAUGGUUCAUUUGGACCAGCACCACGUCAUAAACAUACAGCAAUACUUGAUUGUGAUUCAAUGUAUAUUUAUGGUGGUAUGACUGAUCUUCAAGAACGUAAUGAUUGUUGGAAAUGGGAUAUUAAUACAUGCACAUGGUUUUCAAUUAAAUUAAAAAAUAAACAAACACCAGGUCCACUUCAUGGUCAUGCUGCAUGUAGAUUACCAAGUUGUAUGUUAAUAUUUGGUGGUGAAAGUAAUGGCACAUCAACAAAUGAAUUAUGGAGAUUUCAUUUUACAAGUGAAACAUGGGAUAAAUUAACAAUAUCUGGAACAAAACCACAACCAAGAUCAGAAAGUAUUGCACUUGCUGUAUCUGAACUUGUAAUACGUGGUUGUGGUAUACAAAAUAAUAAUAAUAAUAAUAAUAAUCGACAAAAAACAACAACAUCAACAUCAACACGUUGUGGACAACAUAAACCACGUUUUUCAUUAGCUGGUGCUGUUAAUUAUAAUAAAGUAUCACCAUGUGAACCACCAACAAGACCAAGUUUUUUACGUGAAAUAUCAAAAUUAUCACAAAUUAAUUUAUCACGUUUAAGUCAUCCAAAUAAAUGUAGUUAUUCAGUAUUAAAUGGACAAGAAGAACAUGAUCAUGAUGGCGAUGAUGAUGAUGAUGAUGUUAAUAAUUAUAAUGAUAGCUAUGAUGAUGAUGAUUAUGAUUAUGAUGACGAUAAUAAUGAUACAAAAAUUAUUAAAGAAAAAGAUAAUAAUUCAUAUUAUCCAUUUCAACAAGUUGACAAUGAAGUUGCUGCUGAUAAUAAAAAUAGUAGAAUGGUUAAAUCACGUAGUGCAAAUGCAAUUGGUAAAAGAAUAAGACAACGUAGUUGUAUUAUCAAUAAUAAUAAUAGUAAUAAAAAUAAAAAAAAUCAUCAUAAUCAACAACAACAACAACAACAAACAACAUCAUUUUGUAAUAAUGAUUAUGGUAGUUUUAAUAAUCGUAUGACUAGAGAACCAAUAUCAGUGCCAAAUUUUCGUUCAUUAACAUUACCAACACCAAUAUUAACACCAGUUGAAGCAGCACGUCUUGUAUUUGUUGAUCCAGAUGAUAAUAGUGAUAAUGAUAAUGAUAAUGAUAAAAAUAAUCAAUCAACAAAAUUAAUUAAUCUUACUGAAGAAGAAAAAAGUGAUUUUGAAUUAUUUCAUGAGGCAUGUCAACCAACAAGAGGUGAAAGUUAUCAUUCACAUUUAUAUGAAGCAGCAACAACAACAACAACAAUACAAAGUCCAAAAACUCCAUUAUCAUCAUUAACAACAACAAAAUUACCAACUUCAGCAUCAGUUAGAUUUGCUGAUCUUGAAGAGGGUGAAGAAUCAACAUCUGAUUAUGCUAGUAAUGAUGCAAGAAGUCCUGGUGAUCAACUUGCUGUUGAUGAUGAUUAUUGUUCUUUAGAUACAAUUUUAAAUAAAAAAAAAUCAUCAUUAAAAAAUCGUGAUAAUAAUAAUAUACGUGAUGGACAAUUUGGUUUUUGUAAUCCAAAUUAUUUUGGUGUUGAUACUUCUACUACUACUACUACUAAUAAUGAUAAUAGUAAUAAAUUUGUAAAAAUACUAAAUAAUAGUUCACCAGAUAGUUUACUUGAUGAUAAAACUGGACGUUCAGUAUCACAAACAUUUGCUGAAUUAUUAGAAUUACAAGAAAUUAAACCAAGAAUACCACCAAAAAGUUUAAAACUUGAUAAUUCACCAUCUAGAAGAGCUGUUAGUGCAUCGAGAGCUGAAAGACAAAAAGCUAAAUUGCAGGCAUCUUGUCAAACAACAACAACAACAACAACACCAGCAACAACACCAGCACCAUUUAAUGUAUUUAUUAUUGGUGGUAAAGAAAAAGGACAAGCAGCUGUAUUUUCAAGACCAGUAUCAUUAUGGAAACUUCAGCUUGGAUCACAUAUUUUUUAAAUAUAUAUAUAAUCAUAAAUAUAUAUAUUGUGUGCCACAUGGAAAAUUCAAAGUAUUAGAUUAAUAGAUCAUUUAUAUUCAUAAUUUUUUCAACUAUUAAUUAGUAUACUUAUAUAUUUCGAUUUUUAUUUGUAUCGUUCGUACUGAUGUUUAUUGUAUUUAAAAAAAAAAUCAAUUAUCAUUAUCAAUGUGUCAAUAAAAAGAUAAUAAAUUUGACACAACAAAAAAACUAUACCUAUAUUUGUUGAAUAGCCAACAAAGAGAGCUAAAAUAUGAAAUAAUUAAGUAUUAUUAUUAUAAUGCAUUUGUUUGUGUGUGCACUACUCGUAUUCAUAAAGCGUAUAGCUAGAUAGUAAAAUAAUUAUGUUUUUUAUUUUCAAAAAAAAAAAAGAUAUAUAAGUCAAAUAUCAUCAAACAGUAUUUUAAAAAUAAUUUAUUAAUUAUAUAUAGUUAAUUUAUUUACAACAACAAUUGCACCAUAACAACACACCAAAGAGAAUAUAUAUAUCUCAAUGCCAAAUUAAUGUACAAAAAAAACAGAAAGUGCAAGAGAGAAAUUUUUAAUUAAUUAAUUAACGUCACUUUUAAUAAUAAUAAUAAUAAUAAUAAUAAUAAUAAUAAUAAUAAUUGAUUGAUUGAUUGAUGGUUAUUAAAAUACGUCCAUUGUUUAAAAGCAUUAUUGCUCAAAAAAAAAAACAAACGAAACGUCCAGGAA